UGAUCACUACUUCCCACCACCACUAGUCUCAUUCUCUCUUGCUCCAAAACUUUCAUCAUCUCUCUCAAUGAUGGAAACUCUCCAGAUUCGCAAACCUACUUCUCUCCCCGUUUCUCAACGCCUUAGCCCCUCUUCUUCAUCCAAAGAUGAGCACGGUGUUAUACGCCGUCGUCUCUCUUCCCUCUCGCUCAACCUCUUAAACCAACCAUCAGAGAUCGCAUCUCGAUUCCCCAAGUCCAAAUCCGUUUCGGAUAUGGGAAAGCAAGUGGGAAGCUCUGUGAAAGAGUGGUGGGAAUGGGGCUGGUCAUGGAUCCUCUCGAGGAAACCUAUCUUCAUAAGAGAUCUCGAGCUUAACAGAGAGGAGGCCAAAACAAUAGGUUCUCAGAACAGAGGAAGCAUAAUGCACGUUUUCAUCAAGCUCCGCUCUCAGAUCCGCAGUCUCAUGGGCUCUUCUUCCGACACUCUUCCCAAAUACAAGCGUCAACAAUGAUGAUUGUCAAAUUCAGACAGUCUCUAAGAAUAUAUUGGUUUCUGUCGUGCAUGAAUCAGUUGAAGUAUAUUCAAAUCGUAUACAAAGCGACGAUGUGUUUUUGAAAGAAAAGUUUGAUUUUGUAUGUUGUUGCUAUGAUUAAUCUGCCUAGAUUUUUAAUUAUUAUUAUUAAUUUGAUUUGCUUUGUAUGUUGUGCAGUUGUAUUUUUUUUGUAUUUAAUAACCAUGCAACUAUAUAGAAGUCUGUUAUUUUGUUUCA